CAGAGGCAGCUCUUAUCGGGAUUUUUUGUUUAGUAGUCACACCACACCCGCCGCAUAUCGCGGGCAGCCGCACACCUCGCCCCUUCCCUGCUCCUCCAGCUUCGCAGUACUCACGCGACUGCUCCGUCCGAGGCUAUUAUGGCCUAACCGUCUGAGGCUACCCAGAUGGCCGCCGCAAGUACCGUAUAAGAACCUCCGCUCGAUCCUGUAGUUUAUUCGCUUGGCGUUGUCGUUAGGCGUCGAUCGCGCAGUAGCCUACCGGCUGUCGCAGGCGGCUAUCGGGGAGGAGGAGGAUGGGCGACGCAGAGCAUGGCGCGUCGCAGGUGGUUUGUCAGGUGCCGGCGGGGCGGCGCGUGUUCAUGGUGGAGUACCCAGGGUUCGUGCGCAACGAUCGGCGCGCUUUGAGGACGAUGGGCGGGGAGGAGGCCAUUGCGGAGGGAGAGGAGGGGGAGGAGGAGGGGGAGGAGGGGGAGAUUGGCGUAGGUGUGGUGGCACGGAUAGAGGAAACGUACCGGUUUGAGUCGCUGACCGACUUUCAGUGGGUGCCGUCGCUGCAUGCCUCCCACACACCACCGCGGCAGCACUCCUCCCCCUUCCACUCCCACCUCCACUCCUCCCCUGCUGCCACUGCGGCCUCGCCCUUCUCCCCCUUGGUGCCGCUGCUCUUCACUCGCAAGGACGGCCCUCCUGACAAAAUUCUGCGCGCGUUUGACAUUCACCGCGAUGCGUCCAAGCCAGGCCUGUACCCGCAUGCUGCUGCUGCUGCUGCUGCUGCUGCUGCUGCUGCUCCGAAGGCCCCGUCAAGCAGCGUUGUGCACCUAACCCCGGAAGAGUGCCGCAUGGAGGGGCAGGGAGGCGCAGCAGCAGCAGCUGUGGGUGGGCACAGCGACCUGCCUGCGUCCGUGCAUUGGCCAUCCCGUGGCAAGGGGGGCGCUGCUGCUGCUGUGGCUCAGAGCCAGCAGUCCAAGCGCAUUCUCUUCUCUGGCCUCGACUGCUCCACCACUCAAGAGCUGCGCGGGUGGCCGCGGGAGCGUGAGACAGUGCGGGAGGGCAGUGAGGAGGGCGAGUAUGUGCGCAUGCUGCGGCCGCUGUUCCAGGAGCGCCCGGUGUGGUCGCGCAACUCUCUCAAGCACCACAUGCAAACACGCCACCGCCUGCUGCUGCCCAUCAACGACGGCAGCAUGAAGAGGGCUCUGCUGCGCUUUGCAUACUAUUUCUGCAACGGGCCGUUUCGCAUGCAGUGGAUCCUCAAUGGCUAUGACCCGCGCACCAACCCUGAUAACCGCAAGUACCAGAUGCUUGACUUCCGCGUGCCAGCCUCCUGGGGCCUGCGCAUCACGCCCGCCAUGGCGCGCAGCAACACGUGGCCCGACAUCUGCGCGCUGCGCUGCCUGCCCAACCGCCGUACACUCUUCCUCACGCUCUGCGACCUCUCGCUCCCACUCAUCCAGGACACCCUUGCCGCUCCGCCCGAGCGACACACCUGCGAUCCCACGUCGGGGUUCUUCCACAAGCAGACGCUGGCGCGCAUGCGCGACGCGGUGCGCCUGGCGUUCUACCGCCUGCUGCCCAACCACCAGGAGCUCUCGCUCUUCUACCCCCGCGUGCGCAACACCCGCGGCUUCUCCGUGCGCAAACCCGUCAAGCUGCCCCCUGGGGAGCUCAGCCUGCCCGAGGAAAACGCGUAUCUGACCGGGGAAAGGUAUGGGAGCGUAUGGGGAAGUGGGGACGGACGUGUGGGAGCAGAGGGCAAUGGAGAGGGGGGUGCAGAAAGGGAUGCGGAGAACAAGAAGGUUGCGGGUGGAGAAGAAGAGAGGGAUCUUGCGGCAGGGGUGGGAUCUGGUGGGGAUGCAGAUGAGUGGAUGGAGCAAGAGGAAGGGAUGGAUGAGGGGGCAGAUGGUCCCCUCCUGGCAAUCUAUGGCGGGGAUGUGGGGGAGGCGGAGAGAGGAGCGGGUAGUGAGGGGGAGAGGGGAGGUCCAUUGAGGGAUGGUUGGGACAAAGAUGGGGAGAAGAUGAGGGAAGGUGGGUGGGCGGAGGGUGAGGAGGAGGAAGAGGAAGAGGAGGAUGAGAUGGUUAUGGGGGAAGAGGAGGAGGAUGGGGAGUGCGUUGAAGGAAAAGAGAGAGGAAGAAGUUCAACAGCACAGGAGGGGAAGGAAAGAGGGGAGGAACAAGAAGAGGAGGGAGACAGGCGAGGAAACACCCAGGCAGAAGCACGGGGUGACGGUGAAGGGCACGUACACAUCCCUCGGGAGUAUCUCAGCACGCUAUUGGGCCACCUGUCGCCGCUCUCUGUUGCGGCAAACCUCACAGCAAGUGCCCCACUGCCCUCACACCCCUCACAACCCUCCCAGCCGUCGCAGUUGUGGCAGCCAUCACAGUUGUUUCCUGCAGCAACACUGGACCCAGUGCUGCCUAGUGAUCCGCACCCAAGGGUGUUGGGAACACAGGAAAGCAGUGGGAUGCAGGAGGAUGAUGCCGGGCAUGAGGAUAUGUAUACCAUUUAUGGGGAGGAUGAGGAGGAUGAGUAGUGACUGAUGUAUGCCAAGUGUACACUAGUUGGUGUACCUAGGAGUUAGAUUGUGAACAUAUCAAAUGUUUGUCUAGUUUUGCCAAGUUAGCUAACGUAUCUCCUUU